CGGAGCCGAUAAAAGAACAAAAGAAGAAGAAAACGGUGUUGCUAACAAUGUCAGCUAGCGCGGAGCUUCGGAUGGACCAGCUAGCUUCGGACCCGCUGCUGCACAUCCUGUCUUUCCUGGGCUUCAGAGACCUGAUCCAUUGUAGUUUCGUCAGCAGGCGGCUCUACGACCUGUCCAAACACAACCCCCUGUGGAGGUCUCUCUGCUGCAAACACUGGCUCCUGACCGAGGCCGACCGGUUGCAGAGCGGGGCGUCCUGGCACUGCCUGUUUCGGCGGUACUACGUUGACCUGGGCCGCUACUUGCAGUACUACCCGGUGCUGAAGAGGGCCUGGGAGCAGCUGAAGGUCUUCCUGCAGCAGAGAUGUCCUCGUAUGAUUGCCUCCCUCAAAGAGGGCGCCACAGAGGUGGAGCUUAACGACAUUGAGGUUCAGAUCGGCUGCAGGCUUCCGGAUGACUACCGCUGCUCCUACCGGAUCCACAACGGGCAGAAGUUGGUGAUCCCAGGGCUCAUGGGCAGCAUGUCCCUGUCCAACCACUACCGGUCGGAGGUCCUGCUGGACGUGGAGACGGCGGCCGGAGGCUUCCAGCAGAGGAAGGGGAUGCGCCGCUGCCUCCCGCUCACCUUCUGCUUCCACACGGGCCUCAGUCAGUACAUGGCGCUGGAGCCCGCUGAGGGGCGCAGAGUGUAUGAGAGCUUCUACCCCUGCCCCGACCAGACGGCUCAGGACCCUUCAGCCAUCGACAUGUUCAUCACAGGCUCCUCGUUCCUCCAGUGGUUCACCGCUUACGUCCACAACGUCGUCACUGGAGAGUACCCCAUCAUCAGAGACCAGAUCUUCAGGUAUGUGCAUGAAGACGGCUGUGUGGAGACAACAGGAGACAUCACAGUCUCUGUGUCCACCUCCUUCCUCCCGGAGCUGUCCUCAGUGCACCCCCCACACUUCUUCUUCACCUACCGCAUCAGGUGCGUCUGUCUGUCUCUCUAUCAACCCGUCUGUCUCUAUCACCUUCUACCUGUCUGUGUCUCUCCGUGUCCUUUCAGAAUAGAGAUGUCCGGUGCUGCGUCUCCUGAAGCUUCCUGUCAGCUGGACAGCCGCUACUGGAAGAUUACAACCUCCGACGGCAACGUGGAGGAGGUGCAGGGUCCCGGCGUGGUCGGAGAGUUUCCAGUCAUGACACCAGGGAAGGUCCACGAGUACGCCAGCUGCACCACCUUCUCCACCCCGACGGAGUACAUGGAGGGUCACUACACCUUCCACAGGCUCGCCAAUAAGGAGGAAGUGUUCCACGUGGCGAUCCCUCGCUUCCACAUGAUCUGCCCCCCCUUCAGAGAGCCGCCGGUCCGAACGCAGAAUGUGGCGGCAAGCUACGCGUCUCGCUUUGACCGCGACGAGUUCUGCGAUGGAGACGGAGAUGACUUCGGCGAGCAGAGAGGAAUUAACAUGGCCGGCCGCGGUUCAUCUGACCUCAGGGAAACCUCGUCGUCAUGGAAACAUGACUGGCAAUAUGCAAAGAGACAGAAUGAUUGACAGACAGCAGCAGAGGAUUCUGGGACGGUAACCAGAUGCGUUCGUGGGACGGCUGCUUCCAGUGGUUUUCUAGGAACAUUUUCUCACGACUACACCAACUGACGGUUCGAUGAAGUCAUUGUGUGACAACUUCCUGUUUCGGUGGCGAGGACGUCUGUUAUGUGGCGAUUGUUUGUGUGUGAAAUGAAAAUCUUUUAUUUCAUAGUUAAAGAUUCUCUUAAAGCUUUUUUCCACUGCAGGAAACAAACUGUUUAACCAUUUAUAAAUCUUUUUUUUUAAGUUAAAUUUUUUUUUAACUUUAAUGAUGUUAUUGUAGACUUUCUGCAGUGGAAACCAGUGUGAUGGUAGGUUUUUUUCAUCUGUUCCAAACUGUCUCCCGUUUACUCCCGCAGAGUGAUGAUCUAGUAGAAGCUGGGCUUUUAUUUUGAAAAGUGUUUCCUCCUGUGCUUAACAGUUUGUUUUUCUCGAUCAUCACAAUCUCAUGUGAUUGGUGGUUUCUUUUGGUAUGUCUUGGGUUAAAUAAAUAACAAAUAUUCAUCA